AUUACCUUCCGUGUAUCAUUGAGGAAGUAGACGACUAUGAGGAAAUAAGUAACGGUACAAUUGAGUGGAGUGACCAGAGCGUCAUCCUGGUCAUUGCAGAGUCAUGCCUCCAAUAGUAGUGUUACCAGACUUAGAUGUGGCCAAAGAGGUCAACGAAAAUGAUGGCCAUGUAGAAAUGGACUUCUUGAUGCCAAAUGGCAUCUUCAUACCCAUCCGAGUGGACUUCUAUGACUCCAUAGAGAAUAUCAAAUUGAAACUAUGGAAGGAAGCAGAAAACUAUCCAUUAUUUAAAUCUCUCAAAAGAAUGGAGAAUUAUUGCUUCACUUACAUCAACCAACAAGGCCAAAAGGAUGAAAUAGUUGAUGAAGACAUGAUGCUGAAUGAAUUCAAGAUAGCUGCUCGUUUUCUAAAAUUAGUUAAAAAGAAAGCUGAUGAUAAAACUCGAUCAUUGAGUAAAAGCACAAAUAAUCUAAUUGGAAUGAAAGGUCAACAAUGCAUCGAUCAUCAAGCAGAAGUGUCUCAUGACAUCACAGACUUUCGCAGGACCAUGUCUGCUUAUUGCAAGGAUAUUGUCAAUCGAAGGAACCAGGAUUUAUCUGGAUUUUUGAGGUUUCAGUACAAACAUCCAGUAGGAAUCCUGAACCAUUCAGUGUUACCUGAUUACAUUCAGAACAAGUUAAAAGAGGGCAUGGUGCUGACUAUCCAUAUAGAGGAAACAGGGGUGAUUUACACAAUGAAGAUUGAGGCAGAUAAAAUUCCUAAUGAUCUGAUUGCCAUGGCACUGGAGAAAUGGAGGACCAACACAGGUAUGCAGAAUUUGAAGGCUUCCGACUACAUCCUGAAGGUUAUUGGAAUGGAGGAUUACUUGUAUGGGGAGUAUCCACUAAGAUCCUUCAAGUACAUAUUCCGAUGUCUACUGAGGAACAUUGCUCCUGCCCUGUGGCUGAGGCCCAAAAGUAAAGUCAUGGAAAAAGCUAAUGACCUUGACCACAACCCCUCCCGUCCUCACCCUGAGCGGCCAUGUAAGCCCAGUCUACGAGGCAGGAACAGCAUCACAUCGUGGGACAUCCAUGUUAACUUUAAACUGACUAUCAACACUGUCUCUAAAAUCAUUGUGGAUGAUAACAGCAAGGUCAGACUCUAUGUGGGAUUAUUUCACGGCCCUGAGACACUCCGAAUAGACCAUACAAAGGACGCCUUGGUGUAUUCUGAGACGGUGUGCUGGAAGAGUGAGAUAGAAUAUGAUAUUAAAGUAGAGGAUAUUCCCCGAGACUGCAGACUCUGCUUUGCUCUCCAUAUAAGGAAAAACAAGGAAUACUCGCUGCUGACAUGGGCCAAUAUCCCAUUGUUUGACUACAAAUCCCGACUUCUGAAAGGAAAUUAUAAGUUACACAUGUGGCCACGUCAGGAGCAUAUGGAAUUGUAUGAUUCUUGUAAUCCCAUAGGUACUGUGGCUAUGAACCCUCAGGUGGAUCACUCUACCACCCUGGAGUUUACUGUCCCUGACUUCAAAAUCCAGUCACACAUCAUGUAUCCUCAACAUGAAAAGGUUUUACAAUGUGCAAGUGAAAACAUGGAGGAGAAAGGAAAACCAGGGUCUCCUAACUGGCAUCCCAGUAAAACACACAUUAUUCAGUUUGAGGAGGUGAUGAAUGAUGACAAGGGAGGUAAUCGUCAGCUGGCAGAGCAGGAAAAGAGCCUUAUCUGGAUGAUGCGAUACGAGAUCCGAGACAACUACGACCACGCACUGCCACUUCUCCUGAAUGCUGUCAAGUGGGACAACCACAUAGAUGUUGCCAAGAUGAUGGCCCUCCUCCAGUCAUGGCGACCAAUAGAACUCCAACAUGCCCUGGCUCUGCUUGACUUCCACUACACAGACACAAAUGUCCGAGAGUUUGCCUGUAAAUGCCUUGAGGAACUCAGUGAUGACGACCUGUCUCAGUACAUGCUACAGCUAGUCCAAGCCCUGAGAUUCGAGUCACAUCUCAUGUGUCCUCUCAGUAAAUUCCUCCUCUCUCGAGCUCUAGAAAACCAACAUUUGGGACAUCAUCUUUACUGGCUACUGAAAUCUGAAAUGCAUGAAUCCACGGUGACAGUUCGUUAUGGUCUGAUGUUGGAAGCCUACCUCAAGUCAUCUCAAGAUCACCUUAUGAUUCUCAGCAAACAACAGGAUAUUCUUAUCAAACUAUCUGCCUUUAGUGACAUUGCCAAAAAUCCCAAUAAAAAAAUGCAGAAGAACAAAGAUGAUGUGAAGAGACUGAUGAAACAAAAAAUUGACAUCUUGUCUGGACUCCACAGCCCUCUCACCCCUCAGAUCUCCCUUAAAGAUCUAUUAGUUGACAAGUGCAAGAUCAUGGACUCCAAAAAGCGACCCCUUUGGUUAGAGUGGACAAAUGCUGACCCUAAAGGUCCUAAUAUUCUCAUCAUGUACAAAAAUGGAGAUGAUCUUCGACAAGAUAUGCUGACCCUGCAGAUUUUACAGAUCAUGGAUAACAUCUGGAAAAAUGAAGGGCUUGAUCUCAGGGUGAACCCUUAUGGCUGUAUUGCCACAGGGAGGGAGGAGGGAAUGAUUGAGAUUGUGACAAACUCUAUGACCAUCUCCAAAAUCCAAAAGUGGUACAACAAAGGAGCAUUUGCCAAAGAAGCUCUGUAUGAAUGGCUCAAAUUCAAAAACCCAAACGAAUCUAGUCUGUCUCAGGCAAUUGAUGAGUUCACUUAUUCCUGUGCUGGGUAUGCAGUGGCCACAUACAUCUUGGGUAUUGGUGACAGACACAAUGACAACAUCAUGAUGAAGGAGUCUGGGCAGCUUUUCCACAUAGACUUUGGUCAUUUCCUUGGCAAUUUUAAAUCCAAGCUAAACAUCAAAAGAGAGCGAGUACCAUUCAUUCUGACAUCACAUUUUGAGUAUGUCAUCAAAAGAGGAGAAAAAGACAAGGAGAAUUUUGACAGGUUUCAACAGGUAUGUGAGCGAGCGUACAUGAUAAUCAGAUCUCAAGGAGCUUUGUUGAUCCGCCUCUUCAUGAUGAUGCUGUCUGCGGGGAUUCCCCAGCUGACCAGUGUCAGCGAUGUAGAUUACCUCAAGGACACACUGGCCUUAGAUCUGUCAGAGGACGAAGCUAGGAAGAAAUUCAUUGACAAAUUUAAAGAAGCCAAAAAUAAGAGCUGGUCUACCAGUGUCAAUUGGGCUAUCCACAACAUGGCACAUAAAUAAAAACAAAGAGAUCAGAUUCAGUAAAGAAAGGUGCCAGUAUAUGAUCAGUACACUCAGAACUCAGGUGUGAAAUGUAAUAUGUCUACAGCAGUGCCUUACACAUUGUUCAUGAAAAACUAUAGCAGAGUCAUGUUUCAUAAGGGGAUGUUAGGAAAAUAGCUACAUGUUCAUGUACCACAUGAUAUUUCUUAUUUUUAUAUUACUAAGAUAUGGUGCACCAUUGAAAAAUAUUU